CAUUCGGCCAUUGGUCUGGGCGUGUCGGGUGCUUUCUCCAGUCAACCUGCGGGAAUGGAGCCAAGUGCAGGUGACCAAUAUAUUGUUGCGAAUGAAGACAUAGGACAUCCUAAUUGUGUUGGCCAUGAUGGCGGAGACAUAAAGGUUCGAAACGUUGCACCAUUCAAUGUUCUGUCGCCGAGAGCUAUUCUAGAGCCCAACACCACCUCAACCCCGGCGGUUGACAACUUCUCAUCCUUUACAUCCAGCUGUACGCAACCGUACGGAGAGAUGAAUCAACUAGGAGGAGUGUUCGUCAACGGUCGUCCACUUCCCAACUCCAUGAGGCUAAGAAUAGUCGAACUUGCUCAACUUGGAAUUAGACCAUGUGACAUUUCCAGACAACUUCGUGUUUCUCACGGUUGUGUCUCCAAAAUCUUAGCGAGAUUCAACGAAACUGGGUCAAUCCUUCCAGGAGCUAUAGGAGGAUCCAAACCUAGAGUGACAACGCCAAAAGUAGUUGCUUAUAUAAGAGAGUUAAAACUAAAGGAUCCAGGAAUUUUCGCAUGGGAAAUCCGAGACAGAUUGCUUUCGGACGGUGUUUGCGACAAAUUCAAUGUACCAUCAGUGAGUUCGAUUAGUCGUAUCCUCAGGAAUAAGACCGGAAGCAAUACACCACUUUACUACUAUCCUGGCCAGACCUCCCAAAAGUGGCCUCGACCAGCUCACAAUGUGUCUGACAUAUUGAAUUCGGCAGACGUUACCCAACAUGCACACAAUUAUAGUUGCUACAUGUAUCAACAUUGGCCACCUUCUCAGUAGUACUGACAAUAAAAGUUUUCUAUCAAUGGCCUAUGUCAACAAGUGUUCUUAUAAAUUCAGAAUGACUUAUUAAUAAGUAAGACUGAGUUUAUUGACAUGAGGUCUAGGCACACCUUGUAUAGUAAAUCAUGUAAUAUAAAUAAAUGUAUAUUUAAAGUGAUUAAAUAUAAUAUAUAUUUUAGAGAUUAAGAAAACAUGAAGGCUUAGUAAAACUCAAUCUAUUUCAGUGCCAUUUUUUUAUGUUUAGUAUAGUUAAUGUUUAAGUCAACUAAUCACUUAAAUGUCCAGGAAAGUAAAAAUAUAAUAUUUGAAAGAAAUUAGUAGUGAUUUAAAAAAAUAAAAUAAAUAAAUUAGAACUUCUUUUUAUAGUUAAUUGUUAAAUUUUAUCCUUAAGACAAUUUCAAUGAAUAAUUCAGCUUCAAUACUGUAUUUUAUAUAUUUCCUUUGCCUCAAAAAGCAAUUGACAAUUCUGUAAUUAUUAAACCACAAUAAUGGAUCCAAUUCAGCAACAUGUUUUAACACCUUUACUGUAAGAUUAAAGUGAGCCAAUUAAUUAAUUUUUAUAUUUCAGAUAAUUGUUAGAAUACAGUGGCUUAUAAAGUUAAAAUAAAUUAAUAAUUUGAGCAUAUAAUUAUAAUUAUGGCAUUAGGAUGAAAAAUUCCAACAAUUGUUUUACCGACAUAUGAUUUCAGGAAUUAACUAAAAAAAAAAAGUAACUUCAUUGUUAUCAGUUAAUAAUUUCCUUUAUUAUUCUAAAAAGCAAAAUAAAAUCACAAUAACCCUUAAUAUAAGUAAUUAUAAAUUAAAUUAUUAAUUUAUUGAAGAAAUAAUGAAAACUCCUACAUCAUUUCAAAACUAGCCAAAUUUCCAGAAUAAAAGAUUUUGACAAUAUAUAAAUAGUUUAAUUUAAAAGUUUGAAGUUUUAUAAUUAUGCAAACAAAUAAAAGAUAUACUGUAUAAAAUAACACUGAAAUAAAUAAAGUGGUUACAGAAUUGUCUUUUCAGGCAACAGAUUUCUAUCAGAAUAUUUGUUUUUAUGUUGAUUAGUUCUUAAUAUAUUUCAUUAAAUAUUAUAUCAAAAUUAUUUAUUUUUGUAACAAAUAUUUCUUCACAGAGUGUCUACUGAAAUGUUUUUUUUAAAUACUCUGACUUUUCCGUAUUAUUUUUGCUGCACACACAUAUGUAUAUAUAUUUAAUUACAUGUAUAAUUUAAUUUAUUUAAAAUUUUAAAAAUAUAAUUAGAAAUAUUAUUACUGAAAAAAAAAUUACUGUUUAUCAAAAAACACACAGCAAUAGAUUUGACAUGAUAUGUAUCUCUUCAACACAAUCUUUUUCAGAACAGACAGCAAAUUCACACUUGUGUGUACCCUAUCUAGAGAAACUCCUUAAGUUUUAGUGUUUUUCAUCAAAAUCCCAGGCUAUUCCAAGUUCCGAAAUUCCUUGACUUUCCCAGACAUUACAGGUCUGGUAGACACUCUGUAUUUUGAAGCAAAUAAUUAGAAAUAUUAAUAAGAGAUAUGUAAUUUAAUACAAUUUUGAAAUGCUUUACAAUAAUCUGAUGUUGCUUUAAAAAAAUUAAUGCAGGAAAUAGUGUCAAUAUACAUUGGCUGUGAUUUAAUUUAAGAAAACAUAAAUAAAAUAUGCUAAUGAAAAGACAACACAAAAGAGGCCAUUCACAGAAAAUGUUAACAAAGUAACAUGAAUCAAAUUUUUAUUAAAUUGGUUAUCAAAUUUUAAAUAGCAUAAUUAGUUUUAAUGGUUCAAUAACAUAUAUAAAUAACCAUAAAAUGAUAACAUGUUUAUUCUUUUUUCUACUUGGUUAAUAAAUAUUAAGAAUGAAUACUUACUUUUCAAUGUAUAUAAACGGCUUAAGUGCAAUCUGUGAUUUAAUUUUUACCUGUUGAUGCAGAUAUUUUCAGAACAAGAUUUGAAUUCAUUAUUUUUAUUUAAGAAAUUUGUACAAAACAAAGUGAGAAUGCGAAGUGAGAAUGUGCAAGUGUGAGAGACAAUAAGCUAGUCAAUUAUGCCAAUAGCCUAGUUUCAUAUUAUGUAACCAAUAGUAAAUAUAGUUAAGAAUUAAUAAGUUGAGAACUUAUGUUUGUUUUUAAGUCAAUAUAUUUUUUUUUUAAAUUCUGACUGAUCAAUAAAGUUGUAUGAAAUAUAAUUUUUUGUAAAUUCCCUAUAUUUCUUAUUUGUAUGUUUCUGUAUUAAUAAAAUACUCAAUCAAACAAUUUGAAAUUCUAUCAAAUAAGUACACAUUACAGAAUUCCCUUCUGUAUAUACGCACAUGAACAUGUACAAAUAGAACUAAAAUUAGCAGGUACAAUAAGAUAAAAUAAAAAGUAUAUAGUGACUAUUAUUAUUAUUAUUAUUACACACAAUCUUAAAUAUUAUCUCACAAAUCUAUCAAGUUAUCUUGAUAGAAACAUCAUUGCCAAUUCUAUUACAAUAAAUAACAAAUCUAAUUUAAAACCAAAUAUUGACACAUAUUACCUUAUUAAAUGCAACUUUAUAUUGGCAAAAUUCCUUGUAAAAAAAAAAAAAAAUCUAGAGAAAACUAUUGAUAGUGAAAUAAAAACAAACAAAACUAUUUUUUUCUUUAUGGUGGUUCCUAUUACAUUCACUAAUUUCUUAAAUGAACUAUCAAAAUCGAUCAUAAAUGUUUGAUUAUAUAACAUCAAAUGUAUAAGGGAUCAAGUCCUUCUCAAUAAAUAAUUUUUAAACUUACAGUUUAAUUUUUCAUUAUUAAUUUCUUUAAUUUCGUGAUUUUGAUUAUUUUUAAUGAAAUAAAUAAUAUCUAUUAAUAAAACAUUUAAUUUGUAAAUAAUGAAGAGGAGUUGGUUGGGGGUGAACAGUCACAUGUAAGAAAGUAAAAACGAAUAAAUUAUAUUUAUUUUUGCCGACGUUUCGACCCAAGGUUCAGGCCUUCAUCAGGGCUGUGUUCUCACGAAGGGCUUCUCCUCAAGAUGUUAUUUUGUAAAUUAAUUAAUUAAUUUGUAAAUUCCUUUCUUCUAAAUAAAAAGGCUCUUCUUUAAAUGAAUUCAGGACAAUAAUCAAUAUAAGCCAUUGCUAAUGAUUAUUAAAUUUUAACAGUAAAUUUUACUUAAAAUUUCAAAUAAAUAAUUAUUUCCUUGUUUGUUGUUAUUACCACACAAAAACAACAAAACAUAUUUUUGUUAUACAUAUUGCGAAAUAAUAUUUUUUUAAAAGUUUAUAUAAUUCAUGUAGCUAAUGAUUAAAUGAUUUACUUUAAUAAUUAAUAUCCUCUUUGAGUAGCUAAGAAACUUUUUGAAAUUGUAUUCAGAAUGAUUCAAGACUUAUUUGCAGAAAUUUUUAUUUACAAGUUUCAUUUAAGGGUGAUGAUAAAAUAUAAAGAAAUAUUCUAUAAAACACACCUUUCACAGGACAUUAAAAAGAACAAAAUUUAGAUUUAAGCAAAUACUAAACGAAUAUUUGAGCCGUUUUAUUUGAAACUGGUAUAAGUCGAUUUUAUAAUAUAUGAAGAUAUUUAGGAGUAGGUAUUUUAAUGGUUUAAAAAAUAUUGGUAUAUUCUAAUAUGAUCUUUUGUUAUUUCAUUUGUUAUUAUGUGAUCGCUUUUAAAGUACUAGUUAAAAUAAAUUUAUAUUUUUGAUGACCUUAAAUGCACUUACAACACUUCCAAAGUCAAUAAAAUCAUACAUUUAUGAAAUAUUUCAUACGGAAUUUAAAUUGAAUCAAAUGUUAAUUAAUGAAACUAACAAUUACUAAUUUUAGAGGUAAUCAUACUUAUUUAUCUCAAGUUAUAUAAGCAAACAUAACACAUUACUAAGUUCUAUAAUCUACAAUAAACGGUGGAAGUAUCAAAAUUUCAGUAAACUAAUGAAAUUUUGUAAGAAUAAAAAAC